AUGAAGAACCUUGUGCGAAACGCGUCAGAAGUCAAAGUAAGCACCGUCAAACGAUGCAUUCGUGUUGUUACUUACGUCGAGGCAGGCGAUUCGGAACUGGGCUCACCGUUAGCGGAUCCCCAUGCAUGGGAUAUAUUAGAGAGUUUCCUCACCUCCGAAACCGCCAGUUACGGCGAGACUCUCAAUGCGAUGGACGAUUACCUCGGCAAGCGAUUUAUCGCAGGCGAGUGGGCGGAGGCGACGACCGCUUUGUUUUCAGGCGAUAACAACAAUAGCCUCUCCCUACAAAACUUUAGAUCAGUUAGGCGGAAAUAUGUGCCGAAUCCUCCAACCAGGUCAAAAGAUCAUCCUCCGUGUCAGUAUCAGAGCAUCUUUCUCGAUCUCGAAGCAGGCGAUGAUGAUGAUGAUGAUGAGGAGGAGGAGGAGGAGUUGGUGUUCGAAGAGGGGGAGGAUGCAGGCGGUGUUUCACCGCGAUCGCAUACUGUCAUGCAGUUGCCCGCUGCCAAACACAAGUUUUCGGCAGCGGUUGACAGGCUGCAGGACAAAUACACAGGCGACGCGCCCAGCUCCUCAAGAGUUCAUGUACAAGCAAAGACGUAUCUACUUCACGUUCACAGAACCGUCACGCAGUUUAUGGCUGAUCACCUUCAGAGGAACGGUUUUUUAAUCAAAGUGUCACCCUGGUCUCCCGGACAGUUAUACGUCGUGUCCGACAGCCCCAAAACCAUAUUCCUUUCCCUCUCGGAUGCCUAUUCUUCAGCCGUCAAGAAAUGGGACCGCAUCUCCGAAGAGGAAGCCGAGUCACUCGAACGCGCCACUCUCAAACUUCCUGACCGCUCCUGGGUCCGAGUUAAAGCCGGCCAGUACAAAGGUGACGUUGCAUACGUCUUCGAUCCCGACCAAACGAACGACUUCGUCACGGUGUUGAUUCCGCCCAGGGUUUUUCCAUAUCCCAUGGCCAAAGGAUCGGUCGCGUUGUUUGAUAAAUCUCGCAUUCCAGCCGACCGGUCCACGACGGACAUUAUCCAUAGAGGUAUAGUUGUAGGGUGGUCAUUCAAAGGGGAGAAGUAUUACGGUGGACUUCUCCAAAAGGAUUUCCAUCGCUAUAACAUCGAACGGGUCUGCAUUCCGCACCCUGACGACAUUCGUCUCCAUCGCGAAUCCGGUUUCGAUCUCCCCUUCGUCAAGAAGGCGGAAAUCACGUUUUCCUUGCAGAUGUUGCGAUCUGGCGACUGUGCGCGUUUGACUCGAGGAGAAUUCCCUUCAGAGGUUGGUACGGUCUUAUCAGUGGAUCACACAUCCGGCGGUUCGCUUAGUUUAGAAAUUAAACAUGAUGGUGUUCGCGAUGAAAUUCAAGCUCGCCUGCAAGAUCUAGAGCGAGUUUUAAGGGUGGGCGAUGAAGUCAAAGUGGUCGCCGGCGCAUACUUGGGUGUCCAAGGCCAUAUUGUCGCAAAGGCGGGAGAUGUAAUUGACGUAUGUCAACACACCACUAACGAAAUAGUCCAAGUCUCUCAAUAUUACCUGGAUCGCCGUCCUUUGAGGCAUUCGCUUCAAGGACAACUUAUCUCUCAAUACAUCGAACCUCCUCCCAAAAAUCAGACAAUUGAAAUUGGCGAUUUCAUAGAAGUUGUAGCAGGAGAGGACGUUGGAAAAUCUGGCGUGGUAGAAUGGGUUACCCCAGGGGGGGUGAUGUUGUGGUUCAGAGAUGUCAACCAUCCUCUGACUGAAAACGAGUUCAGGUCACCGCACAUCGCAGUUCCGGCGACUAUAUCUCAGCGCAUACGCCUUCCCCCCACCCUCAAGUUCACUAAGGACAGAGGUUACGACAUCAGGCCUGGAGACUCUAUCAGUGUCGCCCGUGGGCCCGAGUAUUUGGCUACAGGCAUAGUCCAGACAGUGGACUUUAUUCAGGCCCGUUUGCAAUUCCUAUCUGACGGCGAUCAGUCACUGCUUGACGUUCCUAUUGGUUUUGUGAUGAAGAUGCGGAACGCUAGUACGGACACGUUCAGGUCACAGAUCGGCAAAGAGGUUUACAUUAUUGGGGGAGACAAGAAAGGUUACAGAGCUACCUUGCACGAUGUCAAUCUCGGCAAAUGCACAGUCGCGGUGCACGGUCAACAUCGUAUCAUGCUCCCAUCCUGCGACGUCGUCACUCAAUACGGCAUGAGCCUUAACGGUGCAAUUCUCGACUAUCACGACAUGAUGUCAUUCUGCCAGAUGCGCAGACGCUCUUUCCUAACGCCCAAACCCCGAAGCGUCACGCCACCGCCCGAAAGACUUGCACCGUCCAGGGCUGAUCCAGGUGCAUCAACCUCCUCGUCCGGUGUCGCCUGGACUUCCAGGUCCGAUGCCGAGGAUGGCGAUCGCCCAACAUCCGACAACAACCCAAUAACUGAUGUUGCGUCCGCAACGCCUGAUCCUUGGGCUGUCGACAACAACGAUGUUGAGGAUAUUAUCGAGGCCGCCGCUCGAAAACUUUCAGAAAAACCUGGUCCGACAUCAUGGUUGCAGGAGUUCUCCCCGACCUUUUUUGCUUAUCGCGCCCUGUUUAAAGUCGCUCCCAAUUUUCACGGAGGUCGGCUAAACAAACGGCUAGUGCAGACCGAGUGCCCCGAUCCCUUUGUUGGCCCAGAUGGCCCAGCGCCCAAGGGCACCGUCGCCGUUAGGUGUACAGCUAAAACUGCAGGAGGCGCAAUGCAGCAUUAUUUUAUUCCUGGAAACGAUCUCACCCCCGCUGAUCCCCGCAAGAAAGAACAGGAAUGUUUUAUUUUGGAUGGGUCGUAUCGGGGCAAUAUCUUAAUUGUGUCUAAAUGUAACACUAAGGCCAGUAAUGUAGACUUGAAGUUGAUGCGUGACUCUAGCGUCAGCGUCAAUCUUCGUUUCGAUCAAGUUUGCGUUGUAGAGCCUACACAGGCGUAA